UUUUAUUAUAUGGAAAAGAAUGGAUUCUGGAGUUGGCAAAUGUCCUACAAAACUCAGAAAAGCUCCCUCGUUGCAGCAGUUGAGCUGCUCCCAUCCCCACCACCAACUCUCUCUCUAACAUCUCCGACCGACCUCCGCUCCUCUCUCUCUUUCUUUUCUCUCCAUUUUCUUUCAGCUCCCUUCACUUCAUUCAGCUACAAUUUCGCCUUGCUUUCCUUCCCCAUCCACACACCCUCAUCCUCAAAUGCGCACAGGAAUCAAGUGAAAUUAGAGCAAGAUGCCACUGGUCAGGGUGCAGGUCAAGAGCGAGUUCGGGCUCGGAAAGCCCCAUCUCUACAUGGAGGCCAACAAUGAAGAUCCGAAAGCCGUCCUCGACGGUGUAGCCGUUGCUGGUCUCGUCGGGAUCUUGAGGCAGUUGGGUGACCUUGUCGAAUUUGCGGGGGAGGUUUUUCAUGGGUUGCAAGAACAGGUUAUGACAACAGCUUCCAGAAGUCACAAAGUGAUGGUUCGCCUCAAACAGAUUGAAGCUGCCCUUCCUUCAUUUGAAAAGGCAAUACUAACUCAAACAAGUCACAUUCAUUUUGCUUACACAGCUGGUUCUGAGUGGCAUCCUAGUAUUCGAACUGAACAAAAUCAAUUCAUCUAUCAUGAUUUGCCACGAUUUAUGAUGGAUGCCUAUGAAGAAUGUCGUGAUCCUCCACAACUUCAUUUGCUUGAUAAAUUUGAUACGAGGGGUCCUGGAUCUUGUUUAAAGCGUUAUUCAGAUCCAACGUUCUUCAAGAAAACAUCAACCUCAGGAAAAAUAAGCUUGGAGAAGGUUCGGAGUGACAAAAAGGCUCACAAGAUCAAGAGAAAAAGAUCAUUGGUACACAGUGGAGAAAUGAUACAUGGUGCAUCAAUUUCCAAGCUUAAUAGCAGCUUGCAGUUGACCUCCUUUUCAAAUGAAGGGGCGUCUCUUUCUCAAACUGCUACAGCUGAUCGGAUGAUGAAAUCAGAUGCUGGGGACUCUUCGAAUUCUUAUGAUUCUGGAACAGUGUCAGGAUAUGCUGGAAAUGUUUUGAAAUUAGGUUCUUCCUUGCAAACUAAAGAACAGGAGUUUAGGGAAUCUUCAAGUCCAAGUUUGAUGCAGUAUAGUGAUGCUGCUGAUUCAGUUCUCCCAGAUGAACAAAGUAGGAUUAUGGACGAUAAAUUUCAAUAUGCACCAGAGGAUCAAAUCGAUUCGAGUUUCUCUUCUCAUGUCACAUGGGACGAAAAGGCAGAAAUAUUGAAGCCCAAGAAUCAGCAGGAUGUUAGAGAAAUGACAGAAAUAGUGCAGUCACGAGGUCUAGAGGAUGUUAGAGAAAUGGUAGAAACAGUGCAGCUAAGGACUCAACUGGAUGUUAGAGAAAUGGCUGAAAUAGUGCAGCCAAGGACUCAAAAGGAUGUUAGAGAUAUGGAAGAAAUAGUGGAGCCACGGACUCAACAGGAUGUUAGAGAAAUGGCAAAAAUAGAGCAACCAAGGACUCAGCAGGAUGUUAGUGAAACAUCUGAAAUUGUGCAGCCACGGACUCAACAGGAUGUUAGAGAAAUGGCAAAAAUAGAGCAACCAAGGACUCAGCAGGAUGUCAGUGAAACAUCUGAAAUUGUGCAGCCAGAGACUCAGAAGGACGUUAGAGAAAUUGAAGAAAUUGCGCAGCCAAGUUCCCAACAGGAUAUGAGAGAGAUGGUAGAAAUUGUGCAGCCAAGGACUCAACAGGGUGGCACAGAAAAGGCAGAAAUGGUGGAGCCGGGCAGUCAACAGGGUGGUAGAGAAAAAGUGGAGAUGGUGGAGUCGAGGAAUCAACAGCAUGAUAAAUUUAAAGAUCAAGAAUAUAAAGUUCCUGUACCUCAAUCUUCCCUGGAUCCAUGUGAAACGGAAGGCCUUUACCUUAUAAAUGAUGAACAAAUGAGCACGCUAGCUAAUGUUGGUCACCCUUUAGAAUCAAUUUACGACAGGAGUGUGUUUGAUGAAAUUGGAAGUGAAACGGACAAUUAUAUGGAUGCACUCAACACAAUUGAGUCAGAAUCUGAAACUGACAUUGAUUGCCAGACAAAACGAGAAGUAGAGCCAUGCGCAUCCAAUAUAAAGUGUGAAGUAGUAGAUCCAAUGCAUGACCUCCUUGAAUCUAGUUUAGGUCCUGAUAUUCCAAUUCUUGACCAGAGCAGUGAGCCUCUUGUUUCUUCAGAUGGUUUUUACCAUGAUCAAAGGCUUGAAGACACCAUGAAGGUUUCUAGUCCUGACUGUCCCCUAGUAACUGACCUGCAUGGCAAAGAAAGUUCCACAUUGGAAUCUGAUAUCACUGAUUCCUUCCAUCCAGACUCCAAUUCUAGUUUAGAGGAUCAUUCUGGAAUUAAAUUAUUGAACAGAAUACAUGAAACUGAAAAGGUUUCUUCCUCCAGCCAUCUUUCAGAUAAGUUCUGGACUAAUGGUGGCUUGCUAGGACUUCAGCCAUCAAAGCCUCCUUCUUGGGCCGUACCAAAUGCUGCUUGUGAGAACUCAAGUAAAGGUGAAAAACGUGGCCCUUCUGAUCAUGCACAUGUGAUCAAUGGUAAUGCUCAGGAAAUAAAAAUGGAUAAUUUUCCAAAGGUUGCUAUUAAUAUUGAAAAGGAUUCAACUUCUAAUAAGUCCUCAUUGCACGGUGAUGAUCGUUCAAGCAAUGGAUCUAGUUAUGCCCAUAUGGAUAAUGUGGUAAAAAGAAAUGUGAUAGCAGCAGCUGGAAUUGCGUUUCCAGCUGUACCUAAUGUCAAUGGCAUGCAUACUCAAACCAUUAUGGAAAAAGAUGAAAACUCCAAUCAAAAUUCUGGACUUGGCCAUCAAUUGCUUGUAAAUGGCUUUCAUAGAAAACUGACGCUAAUACAUGAUGAAAGAUUUGAGGCUAAAUCUAUGAAUACAGAUGGUGCAGGGAAGAGAAAUGGCUACCAAGAUACUGUUUUUGAAACAAUGUAUGAAAGGACUUCCACAGAGCAAUUAGCCAGUGAUUCUUCGUCGGAUUCAUGUCCUUCGCCCCCACUUGAUCACAUGAAGAUCUCUUUCCAUCCUGUCUGUGGUUUUGAAACAUCAAAAUUGAAACUGAGAUUUCCCGAUGGCAGUGAUGGUCGCGGAAGCAAUAAGGACAUAUUUCCAUCAUUUCAGUUGGCCCCAGAGGAGUCUAUUUUUGUGCAUGAGAUUGGCUCUGAGUCUGAUGAUGACACAUUCUGCAGAUCAUCUCCAUGUAUGUCUGAUGAUUGUCUUAGUAAUCACUCUAAGUCAAAUUCUGAGCUGUGGGAGUCUGAUGACACUCCAGAAACCACAGGCAAGAACUUGUAUGAUGUGCACCACAUGUCACAGACGGAGUCUUUGUCUACAUCAUUUGAGCUUCAGGGAAUCACAAAAAGCGGCAGCACUAUUGCCGAUGAAGGUGGAAAUUUGAACGUUAAGAAGGGCAUGGAUGAAUCUCUUUCUGGUCCAUCUCUUGAUCUUCCAUGUUUUGACAUUGUGAACCCUGUAAGAAGUGGAAGAAUUAAGUCGCAAUGUUCAUAUAGCCCUACUCCAGCACCGCCACCUCUUCCUCCUGCACAAUGGUGCGUUUCGAAAACAUCCUUAGAUGUGUCUGAUGGCCAGAAGGAUACAUCUGCUCAUUCAAAGCAAGUGGAACCAGUCUGCUCGCAGCAAGCGCCCAAUGCAAACAAGUCAAAUGGCAAGAAGCCAAAACAAGUGAUAGUGGAUGGUCAGAAAGAACUAAACCACAUUGGAAAUGACAAAGUGAUGGAUUCUAGGGAAGAUUUCCUGCAACAAAUUAGAGCAAAAUCAUUCAACCUACGGCGCACAGUGACUGAGAAGCCCUGUACUCAAACUGGACCUGCUACCCACAUCAAAGUCACAGCAAUUUUGGAGAAAGCCAACUCAAUCCGCCAGGCUGUUGGAAGUGACAAUGGUGAAGACGACGAUUCAUGGAGCGAUGCCUAAUUGUAGAUAUGAAACCAAAUUUUAGGCGUUGGAAAAUCUGUCUGAACAUACUCGCAGCAAGCAAUACAGCCAGCGCACACAAAAAGCCGGAAAAUGCUUGUAAAUUGGAUUCUUUUAGCUUUUUAAUCUUGCCCCUUCGUCUUCCCAGUCAAGAUUUCAUCUGUUCAUGAUCCUGAAACAAAAACGUUUCCAUCAAUCUACACGAAAAUAAACAAAUAAACAAAGAGUUGCCUUCCAUGUAGGUUGCUAAUUUCCCCAGUGAUCUAUUAAAGAAUAUAAAGUUCCUUUAAAGUCUUCAAAGAAUCAUUCAAACAAAUAUUUGGGUCAAUUCUGCAGAAAAGGAUCAAAAAAUAUACAGAAUUUGAUUGCGUGGAUUGGCCAAUGGAUUGACCAAGAAAGAGCAGCAUUUGUGUAAGCGAAGCCAGUCUGGAUUAUACUCUGUAUCCCAUUCAUAGAUAUGAUCUGUUACUUAUAUUUCUGCCA